AUGGAGGUGAAGAAAUUGUCAAAUCGUCUUCUUGAAUUUAUGGCUAAAAACUUAGGACUUGAUCCUGCAGAGAUGGCAGGAAUGUUAGAGAAUGGAGAUCAAUCUGUGAGGAUAAACUGCUACCCUCCAUGUCCUGCGGAUAAGAAGGUGUUGGGCUUCUCUCCUCACUCUGAUGCUUCUUUUUUAACUCUUGUUCUUCAAGUGAAUGAUGUUCCAGGGCUGCAAAUCAGGAGAAAUGAUAAAUGGUUCCCUGUCAAGCCUCUACCUGGUGCUUUUGUUGCUAAUAUUGGAGAUGUCUUGGAGAUAUUGAGCAAUGGUAAAUACAAGAGCAUUGAGCACAGGGCAGUCACAAACACAGAGAAAGAACGCUUCUCUAUUGCAGCAUUUCAUGGUCCAAACACUAAUGCCACAAUUGGACCACAUUCAGAGCUUGUUUUGGAGGAUGAGCCACUCUACAAGAGUCUGGACUAUGAGAGCUAUAUGAAACUCUUCUUUGCAUCUAAACUGGAUGGAAAGGGCUUCUUGGGUCGCAUGAAGCUGAACAAAUAA